AUGCAUGCACAUUUUGCUCCUCCACUUCAAGCAGCUGUAGCAGCUGUUAUGGCUCUAUCAAAUACAUCAUCAGCUUCAUCAACAUCGGAAAGUCAUGCAUUAACACCUAUUCAUCAAACAGCAACAAAAAAUGAAUGGAUGGAAGCCAUUGAACAACAACAUUUAGAAAGAUCAUCAUUAAAUCGUUUAAUUAUCAAUUAUCUUAUUACUGAAGGAUUUAAAGAAGCAGCUGAGAAAUUUGCUGAAGAAACUGGUAUGUCAUUAAAUAAUAUUGAUUUGACAUCAGUUGAUGAACGUUUAAAAAUUCGUGAAGCUAUUGAAAAUGGAAAAAUUCAAGAAGCUAUUGAUAUUAUUAAUAAGAAAGCACCAGAAUUACUUGAUCAAAAUCGACAAUUAGCAUUUCAUUUAAAGCAACAACAUUUAAUUGAAUUAAUUCGUUUAAAUUUAAUUGAUGAUGCUUUAUCUUAUGCUCAAAUUCAUUUAGCUGAAUUUGCUGAAGAUGAAAUACUAAUGCGACAAGAAUUAGAAAAAACUAUGGCAUUAUUAGUUUUUGAUAAACCAUUAGAAUCUCCCUAUGGUUAUUUAAUGCAAAUAUCACAUCGACAACAAGUUGCUAAUGAAAUUAAUAGUGCUUUAUUAAUUCAUCAAAAUGAACAAUCAGAAUCGGAUUUAUCUAUGCUUGUUCGAAUGGUUACAUAUAUGCAAGACAAAUUAGAUAAUAAAUCUUUACGUUAUCCAAAAUUAAUUGAUAUAUCAACAGGAAAAUUAGAUGAUUCCUAA